AUGACUGAUUCCACUUCUGUUCGACAUGAAAUAGAUGAACUCGAGAAGCGACUAAUGAAAAUGGAUUUCAAAUUGGAAACAGCAAAGAAGGCGAGGGAUGAAUAUGUGGAUUUCCUACGAGAGAAAUAUCCUACCUGGAAACCUCCCAAAAUGCAAAUGUACAAGCAGACAUCGACACUGAAUCAGUUUCAACGAUCUAUCAUAGACGACCUCGCAACGAAUAGAUAUCAUUGGGACUUUGGAAAACAUUUUAUGGUGCCACAUGUGAAAUUGGAACUGGACAAUCCUGAACCAAGCGACCCAAUACCAUCAAGUGGACCAGCACUGGAAUCCGAUUUGGUCAGAAUAAAAAAACGAUUAGGCGAAAUAGCCGAGGAUUUGGAGAGCUUACGUGAACAUCGACUUCAUUUAUCCACCACUGAAUAUUAUCUUUCACUAGAACCUAAAUUUUAUUCCUCAAAAAGUCAAGAAAUGCCUUGGAAAAAAAAUAUUGCUCAGCUGAAAAGUUUACAUGAAUUACGUACACAAAUCAAUCAAAUAGAUGCUUCCGUUUUAUUGGAUACUCCACGACCGGAUGUUGAAGAUUAUGAACAGAUCCGGAUGGAAUAUUUACAAAAUGACCAAGAUGAAGGAAAUUUUGAACAAUUACUUAAUGAGAAGGAAGAAAAUGCAAAUAUGAUUUCGACGGAGCAUCGGAAAGGGUCCAAUUAUCUUCAAGAAACACAGUACACUGAAGCAAAUUUAACCCGGAGAGAAACAUACGAUCUCUGCCAGGUACUGAAUGCGCAAAGAGACGAUCAAAAGUCAUUAAGUCAAGAAAUAACAGCCGCAAAGUCGAGACCUACGGAGACAGAAAGCACUUCACAGGCUUCGAAUUUACCAAAAGCUAUAAACGAUGGAUUUGAUUUCCUAACUAAAAUCCUAGGAACUUCAGCAAAUGAUGCUGUCGGUAAACAACCGGCAUUUAUGGAUAGAUUUAAUGACGGAAUAUUGAAAACGGUUGAUUUAAAUACUGAAGAUUCCGAUUCUGAUUUUUUCGCUUGA